AUGGCCUGUCAGAUGGCUACACUCGCGAGACCUGAGCGAGUGAGACGCCUGAUUCUGGUUGGAGCUGAUCCAUCAGGACCUGUUCCUGGAGAGCAUCUUUGGCCUCGCACCGAACCAAAUCUGGAUCGUUUCCUGACACUGCUGCAGAGCGCUAGCGAGGCGGACUGGCAGGCUGCUUACACACUCGCGUUCUUUCGUAAUGAUAUUAAAGGCAAAGCUGCCGCCGAUGCCUACUUCCAGCGCUUGUGGGAGAGCGAGUUCAAUGAAAAUGCUGCUGUCGGUGGGCGGCCGACAUUCAGCAAUAUGGAAAGCUUCAAAAUACAAUUUCAAAGCAUCAAGGACUGGUGCUCGCCGGGCGAUAGGAACGAAGGUUCCUUCUACAGACUGCACGAGCUCACUAUGCCUGUGCUUGUCAUGACUGGCGACGACGACUAUGUCGUUCCCACGCCUCGGGGCUACGAGCUGAUGAAUGGGAUUCCAAACUGCCUACUGGUCGUCUGGCCCCGUACUGGGCAUGCUUCCAUCUGGCAGUAUGCCGAGAAUUGUGCGGCAAGGGUGAAUGAGUUCUUGGGCAAUGAUAUGGACGAUUAUGCGGAGCCGCGAUUGUAA